ACAACCAAGCCCAACACAACGCAGCCAGGGCUGUAAGCGGCUGUUGGGCCAUUACGCACACGUCAGAACACGAGCCCGGACGAGCUGCCGAGCUAUCAGAGACCUCCCAUCAGCAGGGAAGGUGUGAUUGCUUACAUAUAGAUAUCUGUCGGCUGUCAAUCAGCAAACAUCCAGUGUAGGUCUGAGGACAAAGGUAUACAUACAACUGACAUAACAGAAGUUAUUGUAUUACUCAAUGUGAAGCAUUUUACCAAUUGUUCUUGUGUCUGACGUCAUAGCGAACAUAUGUUUCAGGAGAAACUCACCAUACGUCCAUUUAACUAUACGUCUGACAUUUUGGGAGCAUGAUUUGGGCAUGAGCUGUGAGGGAGAUCGAAAGUGCAAUAAAGUCUAGUUAGUCCAGGCCGAUUGUUGUUGAUCAUGUCCAUGGAUCAAUUUAGAUCAAUUAGGACCUGGCAGAUGUGCAGAAUCAUGGCUGACCCCGGGGCUUAAAGAAAAACAAUCCUAUUUUCCCCAACAGACCUAAUGCCAUUAGCCUGCAGUCCGCACAUAAAUGGAAAGGACAAAAGGGAGGGGUUUCCUUAAAAAGCAGAGACAGAAAAACAGAGAUGAGACCAAAGGAAGAGCAGUGACACUGUCGGGAGAAAGAACAUACAAGGACUUUAUGGGAAAAAAUUGGAAAAACAACGUUUACAUAUUUUUCUAGCGGAGGACGAUGAAAAACUGAAAAAGAUUUGAGUGCUGGACAACUUUCCAUCAUCAAGAGACACUUUUUCACCUAACUGCACAGUUGGACAUAAAAAUACAUCUGCGAUGUCAUCUCUUUAUUAACUAACAAAGUAACAAAUUAGCAUUCAACGCAUCAAACUCACCGGAAAAUAGCCCAGUUCAUUGGUCCAUGAACAAGGGAAAGCGACCCCGUUAGAGAGGCUAUGAGUAUAUUCACCGGGACCUUUCGCCUGCAGGACAUCACCAUCAUGUACUUCACAGCCCUGGCUGCGCUGGUUCUCAUCCUGGUGGCGUCGUACCAGGCCCCGGCCAGAGCCAUCAACCCCCUGGACCCCUCGUCCAGCCCCCGGGCCCCCGCGCCUCCUGCUCUGCCCAUGCCCUUCCACGUGCCACUGGACCCCCGCGGUGACCUCCAGCUGGCCUGGAACGUCAGCUACGCCACGCAAGAGGUCUACUUUGAGCUGACGGUGGCCCACAUACAGCACGGCGUGUUGCUGGGCAUGUCCGACCGCGGGGAGCUGACCAACGCCGACCUGGUGGUUCUGUGGGACGACGGAGCCAAGAGCUACUUUGGGGAUGCAUGGAGUGAUGCAGAGGGUCAUGUAACUCAGGACCAACAACAGGAUUACCAGCUGCUGGAGGCCAGCCAGACCCCCCAGGGCUUCCACCUGCUCUUCAAUAGAUCAUUCAGCACCUGCGACCCCAGGGACUACCUCAUCCAGGAUGGUACGGUCCACAUCAUUUACGGUCUCCUGGACCGUCCCAUCGCGUCCCUGGACCGGCUCAACCUGUCCCUCAUCCAGACGGGGAUGCAGCGGGUGCUGAUGCUGCGGCCGGACGGCCCGGCGCCCUCCCUGCCCCCCGACGCCCAGACCCUGGAGGUCCUGGCGCCCAACGUCACCAUCCCGGGCAAGGAGACCACCUACUGGUGCUCCGUCCAGCAGCUGCCCCUGAACAUGCCCCGCAACCACAUAGUCAUGUACGAGUCGGUGAUCACCCCGGGCAACGAGGCCAUCGUCCACCACAUGGAGGUGUUCGAGUGUUCCCCCGACAUCCCGGACGUCCCGAGCUACAGCGGGCCCUGUGACGACAAGAUGAAGCCCAGCAAGCUCAACUUCUGCCGCCACGUCCUGGCGGCCUGGGCCAUGGGGGCGGAGGCGUUCUACUACCCACCAGAUGCAGGUCUUCCUCUCGGCGGUCCGGGCUCUUCCAGGUUUCUACGGCUGGAGGUCCACUACCACAAUCCCCUGCUGCUCUCCGGCCGGCGUGAUACCUCCGGGGUACGCUUGUAUUACACCCCCAGUCUGCGGCGCUACGACGCGGGGAUCAUGGAGCUGGGGCUGGUCUACACUCCCAUCAUGGCGGUGCCUCCGAGACAGCGCGCCUUCGACCUCGCCGGCUACUGCAACUCCAAGUGUACCCAGACCGCGCUCCCUCCAGGUGGGAUCCAUAUAUUUGCGUCCCAGCUCCACACCCACCUGGCGGGGAGAGGGGUCCGGACUGUUCUGGUGAGGGGAGGAGUGGAGCUGGAGGUCGUACAAGAAGACCAGCACUACAGCACACAUUACCAGACCAUCAGAAUGCUAAGGAAGAUGGUCAGUGUAUUACCUGGAGACGUGCUGGUGACCAAGUGCACGUACAACACAGAAGAUCGGAGCGGACCUACGGUGGGAGGCUUCGGCAUCAUGGAGGAGAUGUGUGCGAACUACAUCCACUACUACCCCCGCACUCAGCUGGAGCUGUGCAAGAGCCACGUGGACGCCGACUACCUGCAGAAGUACUUCAGCUUCAUCAACAGGUUCCAAGGUAGAGACCAGUGUGUGUGUGGUGAGGCCGGGGUGACGCAGCAGUUCUCUGCUCUGCACUGGGACCCAUUCAGCGGCGAGGUGCUGGACUCCCUGUACAACAACGCCCCCAUCUCCAUGCACUGCAACCAGUCGUCUGCACGCCUCUUCCCUGGGCAGUGGGACCACCAGCCUCUCCCGGAGGUCACCUCUGUGCUCCAGCAGCCCCUGUACCCGUGUGAGGGAGGAAGGCUAAACCCAGGGAACUAACCACCCCCCUAUCCGGACCCGGGCAGACUGAAGGGCGUGGCCGGGGUCCCACAGGGGUUGAUGACCUCACAUUGGCUUCACCAUGAUGUCUUUGCUUCUCUGAAACUGAAGGGUUCAUGUGGCCCUGGAGGAGUGAUGUCCCCAUUAUAUUAUAUAUUAAGAGCACUAAUAAAAAAUACAAUCAAAUAAAUUGAAAUAACUGGGAGCCUGACUUGCAUGAUCCUGAAGUAAGAAUUGUGUAAGAAUAUACCUUUAUAGCCUCCAGAGUGUUUACAUUGUUUAAGUCUCAUGAUACAGCGUGGUAGGCUGCAAAUGUAAGGGGAUGUGCAACAGCUUUCUCACACAAAGGAUUGUGAUUGCUGGAUUAAACGGGCAAAUAAUUUGUAGCAGGCAUAUAUUCUAAAAGCUAAAAGCCGGGCAAGCAUAUUCUUUUAAAUCAUCUUUGAGUUCACUGAGAUGCUGUUGGAACCUCAGAGAGUCUACCAUAAAGGGCGAACCCUGACUAACAUUUUAACAAGCGAACUGGCCAUAGCGCCACCUGUUGGCAAACACACCAUUUUGUUCUGCAUUUAACCCUGAUACAAAUGUCAUCUUCUAUACUUGUGUAAUGUAUAUUAAGUGAGUAAAUGUUUUCAUUUUUGUUAUGUAUUUAUUGAAACAGCACCGAUUGAUACAUUUAUUAUGUACAGAAACGCUUGCAGAACAUUAGAAAAACAGGACGGUUUUUGACUUAUAUUUUACAUCCGUCAUCGUGACCCAAGUUACGCUUCAUUCUUAGCAACUGUUUUGUGACUGACGAACUUUCACCAAUACACCACUUGCCAUGAAUCUCCAUUAUUCAAGCGAGAACAUAGAAUUAUACUAUUUAAAACACACAGUCAAAAGGUCCAGCACAUUAA